CAGUAUUUGAUCGGUGGCAAGGUACGUGCUCGUAAGCCCGUCCUGCUCAUGAUUGUUUUCCUCUUCAGCUCAGCAAAGAGCAGCAAGAGAGUGCAGAAGUGGCGCUCUUGUCUCCAAGGAAGAAGGAACGUGCAAAAACAGGACGACAGAGAUGGAUACACCUCUAAAAUAAAAGCCGACGAAAAGAAAUCGAAGAUCACAUUCUUCAUCUCUCAAGCACCAUGCCUCGCCCUGCACACAGAAAACCAGACUACCAUAAAAUCAACAAAGAUCUCUUUGUCCUCACCUAUGGAGCUCUGGUUGCCCAACUGUGUAAAGAUUAUGAAAAAGAUGAAGAUGUGAACAAAUAUUUAGAUAAAAUGGGAUAUGGCAUUGGAACACGGCUGGUGGAAGACUUUUUGGCUCGAUCUUGUGUAAGAAGAUGCCAUAGUUAUUCAGAAAUUACAGACAUAAUUGCCCAGGUUGCCUUUAAGAUGUACUUGGGGAUUACACCAAGUGUGACCUGUAACAAUUCAAGCAGGACUGAAUUUUCCCUGAUCCUAGACAAGAAUCCGCUGGUGGAGUUUGUGGAAGAGCUCCCCGCCGGGAGAUCCUCUCUCUGCUACUGCAAUUUACUCUGUGGGAUUAUCAGAGGUGCCCUGGAAAUGGUUCAUUUGGCUGCUGAUGUUACAUUCUUGCAAGACAGACUGAAAGGCGACCGUGUGACAGAAAUAGGAAUAACAUUUCUGAGAAAGCUAGAUGAGAAAAAAUACAGACGGAAAAAAUGAAGCAUUGCAUGCACAAUGCCACAGGGGGGCCAGUUGAGGAGUUAAUAUUAUCUAAACAUACAGAGCCAUAGAAAUUUUGAAUUGUUUAAUAAUAGCAUGGGCUUUAAAAAGCUUAUAUAUCAGCAAGAAAUUUGAAGUGCAGGGCACUAGGAUUUAAAGAUUUUUUUUCUUUGCUGAUAAAUUAUACAUUUUCAAUCUUAUGUCCAUUAGAUUUCAUAUACAAAUAACUCCUUAUAAGAUAGCAUACAUGAAUUCACAUAUCAUACAGCCCAUCCUAACAGAGUGUACUGAUUUCAUUUACUUAUGGUAAUGGAAAAAAAAAAGCAUACAAACUACACAGUUGGUGUAUUCAUUCUCACUGGAAAAAAUAGAUGAAAUGAUACAAUAUAGAGUUCACUAUAUAUAGACAAUUUCUAGAUACUGUAUGUUGCAUUCUCUAUAGAAAAAGUGCCAUUUAUAACACUUUUCCAUAUUUUUGAGUAACUAUGGGUAUGAUUUCUUUCAUAUACUGGCUUGGUUUGUCACUUCAGCCUCCUGAAGUUGCUCUCUCUUGAUUUAUAAUUACCAAGGCAAGCUGUUUAUUUGCAUGCUAAUUCUGAAAUAUUUUUAAGGAGCAUUUAGUUUUAAUUCAUGUAAUUUUUAGAUAGUAUUAACCAAAUGUCUUCCUAUUUUCAUGAAACAUUGCUGAUGGUCUGGCCAGGAAACCUCUAAAAUGAGAGGUAAAUAAUGUUUUUUGAAAAUACUUUCUUACCCCAAAGCUUAUUCAGUUAGAAUUUUUGCGGUCAUUUUUAUCCCCUAAAAAGCCUUACAAACAUGCUUUGUCUGUGACCAGAACAUACUUAAAAUUCAGAAUGUACUGGAUUCAAUAAACAAUAAUCUUUACCAGACCAUCAGCAUACGCAGGAAGCCUCUAUGCAGUCCAGAAUCUGCUGGGCUCUGCAGAGAACUGAAAUUCCAAGUAAGUUACAAUUAGUGCAGGUCCAUCAGUUAAAACUGGUGUAAAUAAUAUGAUCGUGGUAGACCUCAACUAGGACUCAGGAGCCUAAAGACACAGUACCAGGUCUGUUUCUAGUGGAUUCAGCUGAUCCUAACUGGUGGCUCAAUCUUAGGCAAGGCACGUAAUCUCUCAAGUGCGCUCUCUCUCUCAUUUAUAAAA